AUGAAGACCGUGUCGUCUCUGUUCUUCCUCGUCUUCGUGGUGGCCCCUGGACUGCUGCUGGCGCGGACGAGCACUGCCGCCAAGCUCCGAGGGCUGGGAGCGCUCAGAGAGGAGACGACGGCCCUGUUGGACGGGAAUGAGGCAGGAGCUGAUCUGGACAGCGGUCAGGCGGCGGACGUGAGGGCCGCAAGGAGGGCCGCCGCGGAGAGCGCCACAGCAGCCCUCUGGCCCUACCCCUGCAUUCCCCUCCGCCGGCUAGCUCAGCUCCCUGCCGACACAGUACUCCCGUUGAGGCCCUGCCCUGACGACUUCCCCGAGGAUUUCCCGCCGCCUCAGAAGAAGCCCCCGCCUCCGCCUCCUGUGAAGAAGCCCCCGCCGCCGCCGCCUGUGAAGAAGCCACCGCCGCCGCCGCCUGUGAAGAAGCCGCCGCCGCCGCCACCUGUGAAGAGGCCCCCACCCAAUGAUAUCAACGAUCCCCGCUGCCGCAUCGCUGGAAAGUCCGGUGGUGUCAACGCGAAACCAAUUUAUUGCCCGUGA